AUGUCGUCCAACUAUACCCUUGACAACGGCUCCCGCUCCAGCGACUUCGAUGAUGGGAUUGAGACCAUCUCGGCGAAUGCCAAUUUGCUUGAGAAUCACUCAAGAAGUUCUACUCCGGAAUGUCUUUGGGGAUGCACUAUGCGUUGUGACCACGGGCCAGGGCCCCAUGUGUAUUCCUGUAAAUGCAAUAGGCACCUGAUUCAUGUGCUUGAAAAAUUCAAACAACCUACAAGGGGCCAAGACAGUGGUCUUGAAGGCACUGGUGAAUCUCGUAGAAAGCGGAAAAUUUCUGGAGAUGACAAUACUCCACGCAUCUUCGGCCAUGACAUGAGUAAUAGGCGAGCAACAUCAUUGCCUAUCAUUGAACUUCCACCCAAGAAACGUAGGAGGAUCGGAAGAAAUUUCGUGUUGUGUGAAGAGGAAUUGCUGGAGGCGGUCAUGCAGGAAGUUGCGGGAGUGCAUAAUGCUAUGAGCAAGAUAGAAGCGAUCUUCAACAGGCAGAACUCAGUUCUUCUCGAAAUCUGUAACACUAUUGGAAACCAUGGCAUAGGCAAACCCGGAAGAUUUCUCACGGCGCCUCAAGAUAUCUACCCCCCCCCACCGCCACCACUACAUAAAGCAGACCCAGCAGGGCAAAUCAUUCAAUCCCAACACGGAUCCCAUUCCAAUGAGACGCACAACUCAGCCUUUUCCGAUGCAACAAGUAGUUUAUCCCCGCCCCGCAACACCCCUACUUCCCAUCAGAGAGACCCUCCAGCAAGUCGUCAACUAUUCGAUCACAGGAAGGAUGAUCCUGUGCGAUUUGCAGUUCUCGCCCGUCCAUCGUCAACUGGUGCCCGCCCUCCACCUACACCUAAAUCAUCAGGAGACUAUGUCUCUGCGUCUUUGACUUCCUCAUACGCUCAUUUGUUGACGUCGAGCUUCACCCUUUCUUCUGGCACGACAGAUAAUUCAUCUGCAUUAGCCAAGCCGUCGUGCCUCCGCUUCUUCCCAAUCAUCUGA